AUGACACGCUGUAAGGAGCCGCAACACAAGGCUGCCUCCGAACACACCCCUCCCAGCCCAUCACAGCCCAUCACAGCCCCUCCCAGCCCUUCCCAGCCCAUCCCAGCCCUUCACAGCCCUUCACAGCUCCAUUCAGUCUCUCUCAGCCCCUUUCAGCCACUCACAGCUCCUCUCAGCCCCUCCCAGCCCAUCACAGCCCUUAACAGCCAUAUUCAGUCCCUCCCAGCCCCUCACAGCCCAUCACAGCCCCUCACAGCCCCAUUCAGUCCCUCACAGCCCAUCACAGCCCAUCACAGCCCUUCACAGCCCUAUUCAGUUCCUCCCAGCCCCUCACAGCCCAUCACAGCCCCUUACAGCCCCAUUCAGUCCCUCCCAGCGCCUCCCAGCCCAUCACAGCCCUUUACAGCCCCAUUCAGUCCUUCCCAGCCCCUCACAGACCCAUCACAGUCCCCCCAAGCCCCAUCACAGCCCCUCACAGCCCCAUCACAACCUCUCACAGCCCUCCCAGCCCCUCACAGCCUUUCACAGCCAUCCACAGCUCCUCCCAGCCCCUCACAGCCCUUCACAGCCAUCCACAGCUCCUCCCAGCCCCUCACAGCCCUUAACAGCCCAUCACAGCCCUUCACAGCCCCAUCACAGCCCCUCAGAGCCCCAUCACAACCCCUCCCAGCCCGUCACAGCCCGUCACAGCCCUUCACACCCAUCACAGCCCAUCACAGCCUCUCCCAGCCCAUCACAGCCCUUCACAGCCUCAUCACAGCCCCUCACAGCCCCAUCACAACCCCUCCCAGGCCCUCACAGCCCGUCACAGCUCUUCACAGUCCCUCCCAGUCCCUCACAUCCUCUCACAGCCCCUCCCAGCCCUUCACAGCCCCAUCACAACCUCUCAUAGCCUCUCCCAGCCCAUCACAGCUCCUCACAUCCCUUCACAGCACUUCAGCCCCAUCACAGCCCUUCAUAGCCCCUCACAGCCCCAUCACAGCCCUUCAUAGCCCCUCACAGCCCCAUCACAGCCCCUCUAGUCCAUCACAAGCUAUCACAGCCCAUCACAGCCACAUCACAGACACUCAGCCCCAUCACAGCCCCUUCAUAGUCCCAUCACAGCCCCUCACAGUCCCAUCACAGACCCUCAGCCCCUCCCAGCCCCAUCAUAGCCCCUUCACAGCCCAUCACAGCCUUUCACAGCCCCUCACAGUCCCUUCACAGCCCAUCAUAGACUCACACAGCCCCAUCAUAGCACAUCAUACCCUUCUCUCAGCCCCUCAGCCCCAUCACAGAUCCAUCACAGCCUCACACAGCUUCAAUCAGUCCUUCACAGUCCAUCACACCCUUCUAGUCCCAUUCAGCACCACAAAUCAGCUUUCUAGACCAUCAUUGACACUUUCAGCCCAUCAGUCCACAGCCCCACCACAGCCCCAUCACAGCCCCAACACAGCCCCAUCACAGCCCCAUCACAGCCCCAUCUUUAGUUUUGUAUGUUAG